AUGGCUCAAGUUUAUGACCAACAAACGAAGUUGGCUGGUGCCUCUCCGGAUGGAGAACAAAGUGGUGAAACUGAAGCAAAUAAAGACAAGUCAAAAGCUGACGAUCGGACUGCAGCCGCAGCGGCGGCUGAACAGGAAGGAGGUAAUGAAUCAGAUGUUUCUGAAGACGAUGGAGGAGACGAGCUUCCAUCGAAUCCAGCUAUAGCGCCGGCUUCUAUGUGGAAUCGACAGGAUAUUGUUGAAUUCAAAAACACUAUUCGUAAAGAAGGGGCUGAGGGGAUCAUAAAAGUUGGGCAUGGAGAGACCGUUACGGUUAGAGUGCCGACACAUGAGGAAGGCACGUGUCUGUUCUGGGAGUUUGCAACUGAUAAUUAUGAUAUAGGGUUUGGUGUAUUUUUUGAAUGGACGAUUGCUGAUUCUAAUCAGGUGUCUGUACAUAUAUCGGAGUCGUCAGAUGAAGAAGCUGAAGAAGAGCUUGUGCAAGGUGGUGUAAGUGGUGAAGGCGAUAUUGAAAGCGGAAAUCGAACGAGAGAGAAGUCAAAAGACUUAAAUAAGCCUCACGUUGACGAAAUUGUACCGGUUUACAGGAGGGAUUGCCACGAAGAGGUCUACGCAGGAAGUCAUCUGUAUCCCGGUCGAGGAGUUUAUCUGCUCAAAUUUGACAAUUCAUAUUCUCUUUGGCGUUCAAAAACACUUUAUUAUAGAGUUUAUUACAGCAAAUGA